UGGACACGCAUGCGUCUGUGCUUUGCUCCGGUGAUGGGUUCCUGGCGUGUUUGGCGUUGGGUCUCUGGGGCCUGGCGUCCCGGGCUGGGGGUUGGCGCACGGCCGAGAGAUGCGUGCUUCGGCAUCGAGGCCCGACGUCGGCCUCAACCUCAAGGUUCCAGCAAGCGCAAGAACCCAGUGGAGGACCAGCCCUUUCCGGGGCUGCUGCGGACAGAGAACCUCGGCCCGGAGGAGCUGGCUGACGUGCUGAGGGCAGCUGUGGUGGAUCAGAAAGGACCUCUGGUGACACUGAACAAGCCACAGGGUCUGCCCGUGACAGGGAGGCCUGGGGAGCUGACGUUACUUUCUGUACUGCCACAGCUGAGCCGGGCCCUGGGGCUCGGACACCGGGAGCUCCAGGUUGUGCGAGCGCCUGGAAAGGAGGCCUCUGGACUUGUGCUCCUCUCCAGCUGUCCCCAGACUGCUGGCCACUUGCAGAAGUUCUUUGUUCACUCUAGGAGAACCCGGAGACCCACAGCCACCUACUGCGCCAUCACUGAUGGCAUCCCUGAGCCUUCGGAGGGGACGGUCCACGUGGCUCUGAAGCUGGAACGCAUGGAUGGCGUUGAUCUUGCAGUCCCGGUGACAUCGCCAUCUCGAAAGGACAUUCUAGAAGGUGUCAAGAGGACCCUCAGCCAUUUCCAUGUGAUGGCCACAGGCUGUGGCUGUGCCCUGGUCCAGCUGCAGCCACUGACAGUGUUCCCCAGUCAGCUGCAGGUGCACAUGGCCCUACAGCUCUGCCCAGUGCUCGGGGACCAUACCUAUGCUGCUCGAGUGGGCACCGUCCUGGGCCAGCGCUUUCUGUGGCCAGCCGAGACCACCAAGCCCCAGACACAGGUCCUGGAUGAAGCUCUCCUCAGUCGCCUCCACCUGCGUCCUUCCCAGGUGGCCCAGAUGCCCCUGCACCUGCACUUGCACCGCCUCCUCCUCCCGGGCCCCAGAUCCAGGGACCCGCCCAGGGAACUUCUGGCACCCCUGCCCUCCUACUUUUCUCGGUCCCUGCGGAGCCUACGGCUCUCCCAACCGACAGUGCUUGACCCCAGCUGGAAAACGGAAGAGGAAGGGCUGUGGCCCAGCCCAAGGUCCUAAGAUCAAAUCUCAGUUAGGCCACUUGCUCGCUGUGCGGCGCUGGGCAGGUGAGGUCUCUCUGGACUUCAAAUAAUAAAAGUCCUACCUCACAA